GAUCCAUUCGGCCCGCGAUACCGUCCUCUACGUCUACCAGCACAACCUCUCAAAGUACACAAUGGACUCCUCUAAGGUUCCCGUCAAGCUCGUCAAGGUCACUCGUGUCCUUGGCCGCACCGGCUCUCGUGGUGGUGUCACACAGGUUCGCGUCGAGUUCAUGGACGACCAAACCCGUUCCAUCAUUCGCAACGUCAAAGGUCCCGUUCGUGAGGACGACAUCCUCUGCCUCCUCGAGUCCGAGCGCGAGGCCAGGCGCCUGCGUUAAGCCAAAAGAUCGUUUAUGCUCGCACAAAAUCACAAAGACGAGGAGUGAAAAGAAAAGGGACAAGAGCGGACAGUUUGUCCAACGCAGCCAUGAGGAUACAGCGUGUACGUUGUACGGUUACGAAUCGGGAGGGGGCAAGAAAAGCAUUGAGGCUCAUGGAACAGCCUUUGGGGCGUUGGGACAGGACCAUUUUCAAAAGUUUGCUUUGGGUACCAGCCUCGGCGCGCAC